CCGUCGUACAUACGCUCAGUAUAAUAAGUACGGCAUUUUGUGAAUUUAGUUUUUCUGACUGUCCGAUUUGUAUACUUUUUUUCUUCUAUAGAGGAGCUUUAUUAACACUUAGCAAUCAACAUGUACGAUCCAGAUGAAGAUAUGCAGUAUGAAGAAGAUGAUGAUGAAAUCACAGCUGAUUUGUGGCAAGAAGCUUGCUGGAUUGUUAUUAGUUCCUAUUUUGAUGAGAAAGGACUGGUGCGACAACAGUUGGACUCCUUUGACGAGUUCAUCCAAAUGUCUGUACAGAGAAUUGUUGAAGAUGCUCCUCCUAUUGAUCUCCAGGCAGAAGCGCAGCACACCACAGGGGAGGUUGAAGAACCGACUCGUUAUCUUCUGAAAUUUGAACAGAUUUACCUUUCCAAACCAACACAUUGGGAGAAGGAUGGUGCCCCUUCACCAAUGAUGCCAAAUGAAGCCAGAUUGCGAAACCUCACAUAUUCUGCUCCUUUGUAUGUAGAUAUUACAAAGACUGUUACGAAAGAAGGAGAAGAGCAACUUCUGACACAACAUCAAAAAACCUUUAUAGGAAAAAUUCCUAUUAUGCUGCGUUCCACUUACUGUUUACUAAAUGGCUUGACUGAUCGUGACCUUUGUGAGCUGAACGAAUGCCCCCUUGAUCCUGGUGGUUAUUUUAUCAUCAAUGGAUCUGAAAAGGUUAAGCCUUCCUUGGAUGAAGCUUUUGUUAUCCAGGAACAGAAUGUAGCACUGAAUUUUAUUGGCUCAAGAGGUGCUAAGCCUGGUGUGACAAAAGAAAAACGAAUUAAGUAUGCAAAAGAAGUCUUGCAGAAAGAGAUGUUGCCUCAUGUUGGUGUCAGUGACUUCUGUGAGACCAAAAAAGCUUAUUUCUUGGGGUAUAUGGUUCACAGACUGUUGCUGGGUGCUUUGGGUCGAAGAGAACUGGAUGACAGAGAUCACUAUGGAAACAAGAGACUUGAUCUUGCAGGACCAUUACUUGCUUUCCUCUUCCGAGGAAUGUUUAAAAAUCUUCUGAAAGAAAUACGAAUUUAUGCACAGAAGUUCAUAGACCGUGGAAAAGAUUUCAAUUUGGAACUGGCAAUCAAAACAAGAAUAAUUUCUGAUGGUUUAAAGUAUUCUCUGGCUACUGGAAACUGGGGUGAUCAAAAGAAAGCUCACCAGGCCAGAGCUGGAGUGUCUCAGUUCAGACAUGCGUUUGUGGUGACAUUUGAUGUUGCUUUCCAGCCUUCACCAGGGAACAUCACAGUCCUGAAUAAAAGAAUGCAGCCUCCACUUAAGGGUCAUGCUGUAGGACUCGUGAAGAAUUUGGCUUUAAUGGCUUAUAUUUCUGUAGGAUCUCAACCAUCCCCAAUAUUGGAGUUCUUGGAGGAAUGGAGCAUGGAAAAUCUGGAAGAAAUUUCUCCUGCUGCCAUUGCAGAUGCAACAAAGAUCUUUGUUAAUGGCUGUUGGGUAGGCAUACAUAAAGACCCAGAUCAGUUGAUGAACACACUGAAGAAACUACGUCGUCAGAUGGACAUUAUUGUAUCUGAGGUGUCCAUGAUCAGAGACAUCAGAGAACGGGAGAUAAGAAUUUAUACUGAUGCAGGCAGAAUCUGCCGACCACUUUUGAUUGUGGAAAAGCAAAAGCUUUUGCUCAAGAAGAGGCACAUUGAGCAGCUGAAAGAAAGAGAAUACAACAAUUACAGUUGGCAGGAUCUCGUAGCCAGUGGUGUUGUAGAGUAUAUUGAUACUCUUGAAGAGGAGACUGUGAUGUUGGCUAUGACCCCAGAUGACCUUCAGGAGAAAGGAGUUGCCUACUGUUCCACCUACACACACUGUGAGAUUCACCCAUCAAUGAUUCUCGGUGUCUGUGCAUCCAUUAUUCCUUUCCCUGAUCACAACCAGUCCCCUAGAAACACUUACCAGUCUGCUAUGGGUAAGCAAGCUAUGGGAGUGUACAUUACAAACUUUCAUGUGAGAAUGGAUACUCUUGCACAUGUGUUGUACUAUCCACAAAAGCCUCUGGUGACUACCCGUUCUAUGGAGUAUCUGCGAUUUAGAGAGCUUCCAGCAGGAAUCAAUUCUGUUGUAGCCAUUGCCUCAUAUACAGGAUAUAAUCAGGAAGAUUCUGUCAUCAUGAACCGAUCAGCUGUUGACAGAGGAUUUUUCAGGUCUGUUUUCUACCGAUCAUAUAAAGAGCAAGAAUCUAAAAAAGGAUUUGAUCAAGAGGAAGUUUUUGAAAAGCCUACACGGGACACAUGUGCAGGUAUGAGGCAUGCUAUAUAUGACAAGCUGGAUGAUGAUGGAUUAAUUGCACCUGGUGUGCGUGUAUCUGGUGAGGAUGUUAUCAUUGGCAAAACAGUAACUCUACCAGAAAAUGAUGAUGAAUUGGAAAGUGUAAAUAGGCGUUACACUAAACGUGACUGCAGUACCUUCCUGAGGACAAGCGAAACUGGCAUUGUUGAUCAGGUCAUGGUAACACUGAAUCAGGAUGGGUAUAAGUUUUGUAAAAUUAAGGUAAGGUCUGUUCGAAUUCCUCAGAUUGGAGAUAAGUUUGCCAGUCGACAUGGACAGAAGGGUACGUGUGGUAUCCAGUACAGGCAAGAAGUUCUUUAUAAUGGAUUUACUGGGCGCAAACUUACAUCACAGAUCUUUCUUGGUCCAACUUAUUACCAGCGUCUGAAGCACAUGGUGGACGACAAAAUACACUCUCGUGCCAGAGGGCCUCUCCAGAUACUCAAUAGACAGCCCAUGGAGGGUAGAUCACGUGAUGGAGGACUCCGUUUUGGUGAAAUGGAACGAGAUUGUCAGAUUGCUCAUGGUGCAGCCCAGUUUUUACGGGAGCGAUUAUUUGAAGCUUCUGAUCCUUAUCAAGUUCACGUGUGCAAUCUCUGUGGACUGAUGGCUAUAGCAAAUACUAGGACACACACAUAUGAAUGUAGAGGAUGCAGAAACAAAACGCAGAUAUCUCUCAUUCGAAUGCCAUAUGCGUGCAAACUCCUUUUCCAGGAGCUGAUGUCAAUGAGUAUUGCACCUCGUAUGAUGACAACAUAAAGAACUGUAUAUAAUGUAAAUCUAGAAUAUUAUUUUAUGAAUCUUGAAUGGUUCGGCUUAAUGUUUUCCAUUACAUAGCCAGAUAUUGGUGUUUUAAUUUUUAGUUCCAUGAAGUGUCAGUACACUGGAAAAUGAACCAUUACUGAGUUAGAAAUCGGUAUGUCCUGUUGCUCAUUUUAUCUUGAGCUAGAUGUAUGCAUUUAGGUGCUCUGUGCAUCCUGCCUGCUUCCUAUAUGCACUGAUGCUGAUCUGAAUGUGCUGAUGCUGAGCACAGUGUUUUAAUAUAUUCAUUAACUAAUGUCUUUUGUUUUGUGCAAAUUUCUGUACAGCAGUCAAUAAAACAUUUUAUAAUUUUA